AGAUCAGUUCUAUUGGCAGGAGAGGCAUCGGCCAGUCUUCUGCAGAGACGAUGAAGCCCAUCAUGGUGAGCUCUGAUUCGGGGGACAAUGGGGUCGUCGUCUCCGGAGACAAUUACUUGAGGAAGCUCCGCAACAGAUACUUGAAGUUCCUGGAAGAUAUGUCUUUCAAGAACACCAAGGAAGAUGCAAGUUAUGAACAGGUCGAUGAGAUCUACGAUGCUGUGUGCAGUCUGCGACAAGUGCAAUCAUUACCCGCCGAGGUGAUUAGAGCAUGCUGUGCAUAUGCGGACGUCGUAUCUAGGUACGAUACGUUCGAGAACAAAGUCAAAAAUGCCCAUUUUACCGCUGUGGCUGUGGAGAUUGACAAUCUGUUGAGCAGUGCUACCAUGCGCUCGAUGCCUGAUGAUGGAGCUCGCAUGAAGGAAGACUGUGAAUUAUUUCACAUCAAGCUCGUCAAUCCUGAAUUGUACAAGAAACUUCAUCCCACUCGUGGACCUUUGCAUCCUGUUUUCGAGGAAAUGAUCGCGAUCCUGCAGACGGACCUCAAUCCCUUUUUCCCAACGCACCCACGACAUCACAAGACGUUGAUCGCCGCAGUUCUGCAAUACAUUGAAGCGUGUCAACUGGAGAACGAUUACACAGACAGUUCGUUCGAGGUCCAGGUUGACAUGCCUCGAUUUCCUCUAUUCCUACGAGAAAAAUCUGGACUUUCUGAAGGGUUCAUUCUUUUCAUCGUCACUGCGCCUCAUCUGGUUCCUGGGAACUAUGCUUCCGAAGAUGUAAGUUCAGAUCGCACUUUCUUCUACAACAAGGUUUAUCCGAUGUUCCCGGAGAUGUUUGCAGCCUCCGGCCACAUCAACGAUAUCAUGUCUUUCUACAAGGAGUGCGAGGAGGAGGAAGAUGUAAGCGGAACGAAUUACAUUUCCAGUGUUGCAAAGAUUAAGAACAUCACCGCUUUGGAAGCCCUUGAUGAUCUCAUGAAACAGGCCGUGGAGAUCCGCAAGAAUUCGAUGGCUAUUGCGGAGAGGAGCGGUUCCAUGGAGGUCCAGAGGACCGUUGCUCAGUACUUUCAGGGCCUUAUUUCCUGGCACAUUUCUUGGGAAAGGCGUUAUAGGCUUGGGGAGGUACUUGGUGACGAUUGGUUCCAAGGUGAUUUCGUUUAAUGCACAAGACGUUCUCAGAUCUUUUGGAAUGCAUCAUGUUUGCGUUGAAAGCAGAUGCCACUCGUGUACGGUAAUAUGCAGCUCGCAAAUCUCUAGCAGGAUGCGUGUUGUUGUAAAGUCGCCAGAGAAUUGUAUUCAGUGGCUCUGUACACUGUACUUCGGAUUAAUAUAAUACUCACAGCAUAUUUUUCUCAGUCU